AUGUCUGAAGGAUACACCCCAUUAGUUAUUGACAGUACUUUUUUGUUUGAUUCUAAGAAAAUAAUCAAAGAAAGAAUAAUCCCAUGGGAAGGUUUGGCUAGGUCAGGAGUGGUCUCCGAAGAUGAUGCCAAUCACAUUAAAUUAUUGGAGAAACAGUCAAUUGAAAAUAGAAACAACACAGUCAAAGGACAAUUAGAUUUAUAUUCCAAAUGUUUAUUAAACGUUUUAAAUCGUGUUGAUAGUAAAGACGAUGUUUUGAAAAAUAUUUUAGCUUUAAUUAAUGAUUUACUUUUAGAUGUACCUGAAUUUUUAGAUGCAGUUUUGAAAUUAUCUGAAGUCGACAAGUCAUUGCCUUACAUUCCAUUCAUCAAUCAUUUAGACAAUAAAGACAAUUUAAUUAAAAGUUUGGCAUUGUAUAAUCUUGAAAUUUUGUUGGGCAAAGUUAAAACUAUCAAUGACGAUGAAGUUUUAAUCAAAAUAUUUAGUGUAUUGUCAUAUUUAAUUGGUGAUUCAGCCGAUUCCAAUUAUCAAUUUAUUGGAGUCCAAUUAUUACAAGAUCUAUUAAUUGUCAAGCCAUUUAAACUUGUUUAUCAAAACAAUAACCUUCUCACCAAUUUUAAGCCAAUAAACAAUUUGAUUGAAAAACUGGCCAAAAAUCCUAAUUCCAUUGGAUUACAACUUUCUUACAACAUCUUAUUGGUGGUUUGGGUUUUAUCAUACACUGCUCCAAUCAAUAGAUCAUUGAUUCAUAAUUUCCCACAAUUGGUAGGUAACCUCUUGUCUAUCGCUAAAGAUUCGAUCAAAUUGAAGAUUGUUCGUGUUGCCGUAGCAAUUUUGAAAAAUUUUGUUGACAUCACUAUAUCCUCACAAGAGCAGUUCAAAGUAAUCAAAGUGUUAUUAUUUAGUGAUGCCUUAAACACUGUCAACACUUUAAGGGAAAGAAAAUUUGCCUCCAAUGGCAGUGAUGAAGAGUUAUCCAAUGAUUUGAAUUAUUUAUAUGAUAAUUUACAAGAAAUUGUUACCCAAAAAUUGACUUCAUUUGACGAAUAUUUGACAGAAUUAGAAAACCCUAAACUUAUAAGUUGGGCCUCUCCUACACACAAAUCAACCGAAUUUUGGUUGGAAAAUAGUGGUAAAUUCAAAGACUCAAAUUAUAAGUUAGUUAAGAGGAUUUUCGAAAUCUUGAUUUCCAACACUAAUGAUAGCACUACCAUUAAUGUGAUUCUAUUAAAUGAUUUACAGUUUUUGAUCAAGAACUUAGGAAAAGAUUUAAUCACAUUUAUAAACACUGAGAAGGGAGGUCAAUAUAAGUUAUUGAUUAUGACAUUUUUGGAUAAUAGCCAAGGUGAUAACGAAUUGAAAUAUCAAGCUUUGAAAACAAUUCAAUUGUUGGUUGGCCACAAUUUUUAG